AUGGAUCGUCCUGUCCGCGCCAUCAUCAUUGGCGCUGGCCAGCGUGGCCGCGCCUACGCAGAGUACGCCCUCGAGCGCCCCGACCUCUUUCAAGUGGUUGGCGUCGCCGAGCCCGUGGCGUACUGGCGGGACCACACUGCCUCGACCUAUGGCAUUCCGCCCGACGCCGUCUUUACGACGUGGGAAGACGCGGCCGCCAAACCCAAGUUUGCCGACUGCGUCAUCAUUGCGACCCAAGACUCGAUGCACGCUGAGCCUGCGAUCGCCUUUGCCGACCUCGGCUACCACAUCUUGCUCGAGAAGCCCAUGGCCGUGACCAAGGACGACUGCAUUCGCAUCCACGCCGCCGCCACGCGCAACAACGUCUUGCUGGCCGUGUGCCACGUCAUGCGCUGCACGCCGUACUCGCUCAAGCUGCGCGAGCUGAUUGCGAGCGGCGCGAUUGGCAAGGUCGUCAACAUCCAGCACAUCGAGCCGGUCGGGUUUUGGCACCAGGUGCACUCGUACGUCCGUGGCAACUGGGCAAAGCAAGCGUCGUCGACGUUCAUGCUCAUGGCCAAGAGCUGCCAUGACAUUGAUUACCUGCAGUUUCUCAUGCAAAAGGACGUGCGCGCCGUGAGCUCGUUUGGCUCGCUCUACCACUUCCGCAAGGACGAAAAGCCAGAGGGCGCUGGGGACCGGUGCCUCGAGUGCCCCAUUGAAGCGUCAUGUGUCUACUCGGCCAAGAAGAUGUACCUUGGCGUGGAUGACGCGCCGACGUCGUUCGAGCCGAUCGAGAUUGAGCAGUGCGACGGCUCGAAAGCAGCUGUCAAGCCGAGCAAUCAGUCGUGGUACACGGGCAAAGCCAGCGCGUCGCAAGGCAACCAAGGCUGGCCCGUCAAUGUCCUCCACGAACACCCGACGGUGGACAACAUCACGCACGAGCUCGCGACGGGACGUUAUGGCCGCUGCGUCUACGAGUGCGACAACGACGUCGUCGACAACCAAGUGGUCAACUUUCAGUUUGUCGAUGGCGCAACCGCAUCGUUUAGCAUGGUCGCAUUCACCGAGCAGCAGUGUGUUCGUACCACGCGCAUCUUUGGCACCCACGGCGAGCUCAGUGGCAACGGGUCGACGAUUCGCCAAUUCGAUUUUCUCACCCGCAAGAUCACCGAGAUUACGCCGGCGGGGCUGCCGUCCACGUCCAAGGUCAAGGGCCACGGCGGUGCCGACUUCUUUAUGAUUGAGAAUUUCGUACAAGGCGUGCGCACGAACGACGCGAGCGUCCUACUGACGGGCGCCGACGAGAGCUUGGCGUCGCAUCUCAUGGUCUUUGCCGCCGAAGAAGCGCGCUUGACGGAUUCGGUCGUGCACAUGACGUAG